AUGACCCUCUGCUACGCAGUCUCCCUUCUUGGGCGACGUUGUCUGGGCGGAGUUUCGGGACAUUUAAACAACGCAUUGGAGACAUUCCUACAUUACCUACAUGAUGUGUUUAAAGGAGAUGUGCAGAUUUCUGCAAAAGACGACUGGGUGUUUGCUGAUGUGGAACUCCUGAGGGUUGUCGUCACGCCGGCGAUGCGAGUGGCUCUAAAGCUAUACCAGGAUCACUUCACUUGGAAUCCGCUCUCCACCAACCGAGAGUUGUACCGUGCCAUAUGGAGCACCACGCAGACGGUCGUCAUCUGUCACGAGACUGACCCCCAGUGGCGGUCGGCGGUGCUCAAUGACGCUGAACGUCUCUUUUCUUUCCGUCGCAUCGACUCAGGCACUACACAGCAGUGCUUCCGCUUCAUUAUGAUGAACAAGCAGAUCCUCUCCUUUCAAGUCAUCAAGCUCAACAGCGAGUGCGUGCGUGGUUUCUGGGCUGGCCAGUUGCGCGAACAGAUCUUUCUACGCAACAAUAAUGCCGAACGCGGGAGCAUCCAGCAUGCGAAGCACGUGCUGCGCAACCUCAUCAACUCUAGCUGCGACCAGCCCGUUGGCUACCCCAUCUACGUAAGCCCUCUUAUCACGAGCUUCGUGGAGAGCCACCUACAAUAUCGUAAAAUUGCUUGCCCCAACCUCUCCAUCCCCGGGCUGGUGAGGUCGCUGUGGAGUCUGCAGGAUCGUAUCAAGCAGUACUGUCGGCGUAGUUAUCGAUGUGGUGGCGGUGGUGGGAGCAGUGAUGGUGAGUGUUAUCCUCUUAAGCGGUAUCUUGAGCGCCAAAGAAAAUUUCUCGAUUUUACAAGUGGUGGUGUGAAUCUACUGGAUUUUGGUGGAGUUCACCUAUCACAUUCUUCAAAUCCUAAUGUUCUACAGUAA